UAUUUACUGCUAAUCUCUGGACUGUUUUUUAUUUUAUUUGAAAUCAAAAACAGUUUAACUGUUCUUUUCCCAGAGGACCAGCAUGUCUGAUAAGUAAUAUCCAACACCCACUCCCCCAAAGGCAGAAGGAAAGCCAAAAUGCAAGAUCUCUGCAUCACGCAAGCUUUCAUUAAAGAUCCUUCUGCUGGCUCGUGCAAUGGAGGACUUGGAGGCAGAGAAGGCUGCAUCCGAGGAGGAGAAAGUUCGUUACCUGGGAGAGAAGAUUCCACCUCUGCAGCUAAGUGGUUUAAAAAUGGAAGAACUGCAGAAAGUCUGUAAGCAGAUGAAUGAAAAGAUUGAAGCUGUAGAUGAGGAGAGGUACGACUGUGAAGCCAAAGUGAUAAAGAACAACAGAGACAUCAAUGAGCUGAAACUAAAGGUGCAGGACCUUGGAGGGAAGUUUAAGAAACCGGCACUGAGGAAAGUGAGAGUUUCAGCAGAUGAGAUGUUAAAAGCUUUGUUUGGAUCCAAAAAUAAGGGUUCUAUGGACCUAAGGGCCAACCUCAAAUCUGUGAAGAAAGAAGACAUUAAACAAGAAAAGGAGCUGACAAUGGAGGUGGGUGACUGGCGGAAGAACGUGGAGGCCAUGUCGGACAUGAAAGGCAGGAAGAAAAUGUUUGAUGCUGCUGGCGGUGCUGUGUAGAAGAACUUCUUUGUUGCACCCAUGCAUGAUAUAUCCAUGAAAAGGAUCUGGCUUUGAAAUAAUUUUUGUCAGUGACAUUUCUGUCUUUUUGCAGAGGUGUAGAAACGUGUCUUUGA